AUGGCCACUGGUGGUAAGGGUCCUAUGCGAUCACACGAUGUGCUACGUACCACAAGCUGUGAGCCUUUAACACAGCCCUCCCUCCCACAUUAUUCACAACGAGACACAGAACAGCCCCCCUCCCACAGUAUUAACGGUGUGACACAGAACAUCAACCUUUAUCACAGCCCUCCCUCCAACAGUAUCAACAAUGUGACACAGAACAGCAACCUUUAUCACAGGCCUCCCUCCCACAGUAUUAACAGUGUGACAGAGAACAGCAACAUUUAUCACAGCCCUCCCUCCCACAGAAUUAACGGUUGGCCACAGAACAACAACCUUUAUCACAGCCCUCCCUCCGUCAGAAUUAAAGGUGGGCCACAGAACCGUGUGACACAGCACAGUAACCUUUAUCACAGCCCUCCCUUCAACAGUAUUAUCAGUGUAACACAGAACAGCAACCUUUAUCACAGCCCUCCCUCCUACAGAAUUAACAGUGUGACAGAGAACAGCAACAUUUAUCACAGCCCUCCCUCCCACAGAAUUAACAAUGUGACAGAGAACAGCAACCGUUAUCACAGCCCUCCCUCCCACAGUAUUAACAGUGUGACAGAGAACAGCAACAUUUAUCAAAGCCCUCCCUUCAACAGAAUUAACAGUGUGACACAUAACAGCAACUUUUAUCACAGCCCUCCCUCCCACAGUAUAAACAGUGUGACACAGAACGACAACCUUUAUCACAGCCCUCCCUCCAACAGAAUUAACAAUGUGACAGAGAACAGCAACCGUUAUCACAGCCCUCCCUCCCACAGUAUUUACAGAGUGACACAGUACAGCAACCUUUAUCACAGCCCUCCCUCCUACAGAAUUAACAGUGUGACAGAGAACAGUAACCUUUAUCAAAGCCCUCCCUCCAACAGAAUUAACAAUGUGACAGAGAACAGCAACCGUUAUCACAGCCCUCCCUCCCACAGUAUUUACAGAGUGACACAGUACAGCAACCUUUAUCACAGCACUUCCUCCCACAGAAUUAACAGUGUGACAGAGAACAGUAACCUUUAUCACAGCCCUCCUUCCCACAGAAUUAACGGUGUGCCACAGAACAGUGUGACACAGAACAGCAACCUUGAUCACAGUCCUCCCUCCAACAGAAUUAACAGUGCGACACAGAACAGCAACCGUUAUCAUAGCCCUCCCUCACACAGUGUGUCACACAGAACAGUAACCUUUAACACAGCCCUCCCUCCCACAGUAUUUACAGUGUUACUCAGUACAGCAACCUUUAUCACAGCCCUUCCUCCCACAGAAUUAACAGUAAUUAACAGUGUGACACAGAACAGUGUGACACAGAACAGUAACCUUUAUCACAGCCCUCCCUCCCACAGAAUUAACAGUGUGAAACAGAACAGCAACCUUUAUCACAGGCCUCCCUCCCAAAGUAUAAACAGAGUGACACAGAACAGCAACCUUUAUCACAGCACUCUCUUCAACAGAAUUACCAGUUUGACACAGAACAGCAACCUUUAUCACAGUCCUCCCUCCAACAGAAUUAACAGUGUGAAAAAGAACAGCAACCUUUAUCACAGGCCUCCCUCCCACAGUAUUAACGGUGUGACACAGAACAUCAACCUUUAUCACAGCCCUCCCUCCAACAGAAUUAACAGUGUGACACAGAACAACAACCUUUAUCACAGCCCUCCCUCCCACAGAAUUAAAGAUGUGACACAGAACAGUAACCUUUAUCACUGCCCUCCCUCCCACAGAAUUAACGGUGUGACACAGAACAUUAACCUUUAUCACAGCCCUCCCUCCCACAGAAUUAACGGUGUGACACAGAACAUUAACCUUUAUCACAGCCCUCCCUCCCACAGUAUUACCAGUGUGACACAGAACAGCAACCCUUAUUACAGCCCUCCCACCCACAGAAUUAACGGUGGGCCACAGAACAACAACCUUUAUCACAGCCCUCCCUCCCACAGUAUUACCAGUGUGACACAGAACAGCAACCCUUAUCACAGCCCUCCCUCCCACAGUAUUUACAGUGUUACUCAGUACAGCAACCUUUAUCACAGCCCUCCCUCCCACAGAAUUAACGGUGGGCCACAGAACAACAACCUUUAUCACAGCCCUCCCUCCCACAGAAUUAACGGUGUGACACAGAACAGCAACCUUUAUCACAGCACUCUCUUCAACAGAAUUACCAGUUUGACACAGAACAGCAACCUUUAUCACAGUCCUCCCUCCAACAGAAUUAACAGUGUGAAAAAGAACAGCAACCUUUAUCACAGGCCUCCCUCCCAAAGUAUAAACAGAGUGACACAGAACAGCAACCUUUAUCACAGCACUCUCUUCAACAGAAUUACCAGUUUGACACAGAACAGCAACCUUUAUCACAGCCCUUCCUCCCACAGUAUUAACAGUGUGACACAGAACAGCAACCCUUAUCACAGCCCUCCCUCCCACAGUAUUACCAGUGUGACACAGAACAGCAACCCUUAUCACAGCCCUCCCUCCCACAGUAUUACCAGUGUGACACAGAACGGCAACCUUUAUCACAGCCCUCCCUCCCACAGUAUUACCAGUGUAAGACAGAACAGCAACCUUUAUCACAGCCCUCCCUCCCACAGUAUUACCAGUGUGACACAGAACAGCAACCCUUAUCACAGCCCUCCCUCCCACAGUAUUACCAGUGUGACACAGAACGGCAACCUUUAUCACAGCCCUCCCUCCCACAGAAUUAACAGUGUGAAACAGAACAGCAACCUUUAUCACAGGCCUCCCUCCCACAGUAUAAACAGAGUGACACAAAACAGCAACCUUUAUCACAGUCCUCCCUCCAACAGAAUUAACAGUGUGACACAGAACAACAACCUUUAUCACAGCCCUCCCUCCCACAGAAUUAACAGUGUGACACAGAACAGCAACCCUUAUCACAGCCCUCCCUCCCACAGUAUUACCAGUGUGACACAGAACAGCAACCCUUAUCACAGCCCUCCCUCCCACAGUAUUAACAGUGUGACACAAAACAGCAACCUUUAUCACAGUCCUCCCUCCAACAGAAUUAACAGUGUGACACAGAACAACAACCUUUAUCACAGCCCUCCCUCCCACAUAAUUAACGGUGUGACACAGAACAUUAACCUUUACCACAGCCCUCCCUCCCACUGA